GUGAGCGAUGACGCUGCAGCAGCAGCAGCAGCAGAACAUCGUCAUGUCGGUUUUUAUCUGAGUUGAUGUCAGCGUGUUAGUGGAGAGACUGGCUGAGGAUGGAAGCAAACACCUGCAGAUCCAGCCGGGCGUCGUCUUCAUCUCACCUGCUGUGCUGCUCUCCGUCUGUGAACCACAUUUCGUUUCAUGGAAACGUUUCAAACAGAGAAUUACUGCGAGACUUAAGGAGACUUCAGUUGACACUGGUGCUGGUGCAGCAUCGCGGAAAUUCAGACCCAUCCUCCCGUUGAAGCGGACACACAAGUCUUGAGUGAAAUGUGAACCUGUUUCCAGCUCUUGCUGUGUCGGCAGGACAGUCGCGGCAGACCAUGUGAGAACUGAUAUAUCAUCGAUUUUGUUAAGUGCAACCUUUGGCACCCUGUGGUUUGCAAAAAAUGUGUGACAGAGGAAAGACGCUUGUCCAAGGGGAGUUACGCAACAACAACCCUCAAGAUGGCCUGCACGUGGACGGCGAUGCCAACGCCAAUGAGAUCAGCGUGGACGAUGGCAGAAGGACGCUUGACGCCAGUCGUGUGACGGAAACCAUAGAGAAUGAGAAGGCCAUCAUCUGGGGUGCCGACUCUCAGAGCGACGACCCUGAGCUGGCAGAGUUUGAGAUGUUGGAGUGUCAGGAGCUGGAGGAGUACCUCGUGGAGGAAGGGGAAGAUUUUGUUGGACUGCUGGAGCGUAAAGAUCUUCAGGGACAGUUCACGUCUUGCGUCAAACCGAAAGACGCAGGAACGUCGCCCGGGAAGGAGGAGAGGAGGUCUGAUGUCAGCUCAGGAACCGAUGGCUUUGUCACUUGUUCAUCCACGUUUGCUAGCAUGGCGACUGCCUUGGACACAGUUGGACGUUCGACCAUCUCAGAAGACCUGGACUUGGCCUCCCAGACUUGUAACACUAUUUCAGAGAGAGGAAACACAACACAAAGAAGUCAGCCAUCGAACACAAGGACAGUCCAUCCAAAAAAUGUCGACAUGAACUGCAAUUCUAAGAUUCACUCACCAAAAGCACAAGUGAGCAGUGGUGUAGCUCCAUGUUCGGAUCAUUUCUCUAACAAGCACAGGAAAAACAAUAACCCGGGAGAUGAAGCGGGGAAUCCUGUUUCAAACAGAAACACUGAGCACAAGAGUGCUCCCGCUGUGAAGCAGCCACAUGGAGAAAGCGGCAUGAAAAUAGAUAAAGGCACACAAGCAGAUGAAAAGCCAAGUCCCGUGUACAGCCCCAGCAAGACGGGCAUCCGCAGAACCAGGUCUUCAAUAGAGCCCAAGGUUUUUAACAAACCAUUUGAGAGCACAAUGAAAAAGCAAAAGUCUUUCGACAGGAGUUACAGGAAACAGCCCUCAUUUGAGAACUCCCCCAAGAAACAGAAUUCCUUUGAGAACGGUCUGAUCACAAGGUCAUCGAGUCUUGACCAGAGGAAGCCAUGGGUUAGCCCCAGUCGUACAGUUACCACGUCUCCUCCCAAAUCUAACACCGCUUCACCCAAGAGACAAGGUUCUCCAGCUAAGGGGCAAACCAUCAGAGCACAGAGCCUCGACAGCGCCACCUCUCCUAAGAAGGUUGCGCCACAAACAGCAAAGCUGAAAACGUCGCUGAGUAGCGGCAUCCCUAAACCCAUCAUCCCUUACCAGAAGGAGCCGGAAGUCAGACACUCUUCACCUCCGCCGAAGCCCAAGAACGUCCGUCCAAAAAUAAUCACCUACGUGCGAAAGAAUCCUCAAGCGGCUGCCGUGUCGGAACCUCUGACUCACUCCAAACAGACGACUUAUUCCAGCCCGCCUGUAAAGGCACCACUGAAUAUGAGUCCCUCCAAUCUGCUGUUGGACAAGUUUCGUCAGGAAAUGCAGAGGUGUGGACACUAUCCUUCCAAUGUUGGAGGCUUGAAAUCAUCCACCACUUCUCUCAGUGGUAAAUCCGACUUCUUACUUGACGAGAUGGCUGAGAGGCAUCAACAGGAGCUUGUAUCUCAAGAUGGAGGUGGCGUCACCCGCUCCCCCAGAAGACCUCAACUCGGGUUGGGCGCAGUGACAAGGCAGCCCACUUCGAAGGCAAGGGUUCAGCAAAGGUCCCAGUCAACCCAAGCAGCGUCCGCACUCAGCCACCAGGACUCAGCAGGCUUAGAGACACCCCAGAAGUGCCUGCCGCUGAGGCCAGGCCAGACGGGUCUCCGUCCUCCGGGCUUCUCUGCUCUCCCACCUGCCCGUCUGGCCUCUUUCGGCUUCGUCCGCAGCGCCAGUGUGUCGUCCGUGUCCAGUAACCAGUCCAACGAGAGCGGCCACAGUGACCACACGCUGCAGCAUCCCAACAGCAGCAGCGAUGACGCCUCUCCUCUGCGAACUGCAGGAUCGCCUCAUGGUCCAAGUCACCCCCCACCUGCGGGGCUGCAGCGCCGCUCUCUGCCUCCUCAGAGAAGCUCACCUCUCACCUCCAGAAGAGAUGUGCACAAGGACCCAGAAGCCACGCUGUCUCCCAGGCAGUCGCCUAAAAGGUUUGCAGUGGUGUCGCCCAAGCCUCAGUCCCCUGUUCGUGGUUCAGCCACGGCCGCACGAACGGAGCAGGCCAAAGAGUUGGACCGGGUCGUGAUCCAGCAGCUGCGGCAGCGCUGUGAGCAGCAGGACCUGCAGCUGCAGAACUUGCAGGCCCAGCUGAAGAAGGCGUCUCUGUGUCUGGACGUGUUCACCAUCACCACACAGCACUUCUGCCACAAGAGUGAAAGUGCCAUCGUGAAGGAGAGGGAACUGUCCCUGGAGCUCGCCAGGAUCAGGGAUGAAGUGGCUUUCAGUGUUGCACACUGGGAGCAACUGCAGCAGGAGAAGGAGGAACUGGAGCGUCGUUUCGAAGCGGAGCUGCAGGGUUUGCAGGCUCAGCAGCAGAGAGAGCUGGGAGCCCUGGAGGAGCGGCUGAGGGGGCAGCACGCCGCAGACGCCAAGAGCCUGAAGGAUCAGCAGCGAGCCGAGCUCAGGGAGCUUCGCUUCCAGCACCAGGAGCAGAUGGAGGAAAUGAAUGAAAACCAUGAAGUCUCCCUGAUGGAGAUGGAGUCUGCUCACAACGACACGCUGGCCACGCUGCAGGAGGAGCACGCCAGGACUGUGAAAAAUCUGAAAAUGGCCCACGAUCAGCAGAGGAAGUCUCUGGAGGAGGAGUUUGAGAAGAUCCGACUGUCGCUGCAGGAUCAGGUGGACACCCUGACCUUUCAGAACCGCAGCCUGCGAGACCGAGCCAAGCGAUUUGAAGAAGCUCUUCGAAAGAGCACGGACGAGCAGAUCGUGGACGCUCUGGCGCCGUACAAACACAUCGAGGAAGACCUGAAGAGUCUGAAGGACGUGCUGGAGAUGAAGAACCAGCAGAUACAUCAGCAGGAACUGAAGAUCACGGAGCUGGAGAAAAUACAGGCUGAAAAGAACGUCUACCUGGAGGAGAGAGUUCAGGUGUUGCAGCAGCAGAAUGAGGACCUGAAGGAGCGGAUAGACAAGAACCUUGCCGUGUCCAGGCAACUGUCGGAGGAAAACGCCAACCUGCAGGUGAACGUGGAGAAGGAGAGCAAAGAGAAGAAGCGUCUGAGUCGGACCAACGAGGAACUGCUGUGGCGCCUGCAGACGGGCGAGCUGAGCCCCCGAAUGUCUCCCACCUGCUCACCCAUCCACCGACCUGCCUCAGGACCCGGGUCGCCCGCUCGACCUCACUCCUACCAUCAGUGACUUCAUCGUCCUUCAGGUUUUCUAUGUUGACCACAACGACCCGGAUGAGAACCGACUUUCAGACCUGGAAUUGUAACGGUCUGGUGUCCAAAGGGAAUCCUCUGCCAUAGUUGGUCUUCACCUCAACAUCUGAAGACGGGGAUCGUCCGUUUUUCUUACACCAGCAACGUCUCACCUGCGCACUGUACGGACGACAGGAUCUUUUCCAUCGUCCGCUUGAGCUGCCGAUCAAAAAUCAAAUUGUACAAAGUACUGUCUUUUAUAGCAUGUUCUCAGUCUUCCAGGUUGAUUUCAUGGGCGAGUGGGCGAGCGUCAGUCAGUAUUCAGGAGAGAAUCAAAAGAGAAUGUUCGAUCACAGCCCUUUCAUCCACUGAAGGUCUCAUUCAAAUUGCACUGUUGAACUCUCAGCUUCACUCGUAAUAUGUGAACGUUCUGAGGUCAGUGAACGCACCACUGGCGGUGUAUUUUUCCAUCCUGAGGUGAUCAUCUUUUUUUUGAGAAAAACUGGAUACAUACCUCUUUGAAUUUCACAAACUUGUUUGCCACAUCUUUUCUUUUUCAUGGAAACGUCUGACAAACCCACUCACCCUCAUCGCCUCAGCUAUUUCCUUUUUUACCAAAAUACAGAACUGAUUGUCCGCUUUUGAUUCGCACCGGAAUACGGAUUGACUCGGAUCACAACGCCAUUCUUAGUCAUCCAAAAGGUCACGACAGCAUCACUUUUAAUGAAGUUGUGACCAGAAAAAGGUCGACCUAUCGAUCAAAAGGUCACACUCAUUAUUUGAUAUAUGAUUUAUGACCUGUAGUUAUCGAGCAGUUAAGCCAACAUCUGUGUUUUAAGAAUGUGUGAAGGAAAUGCUGCCUUAUGAUCCACCAUCCGCGGCUCUAUGGUGAAACGAAAACUUGCUCCCUUUGGUUAUUAAUUUGAAGUGAAUGUCUUUUUUUAAGUCGCUAAAGUGGAUCCGUAAGUCAAUACAACAAGAGGGUUUGAACCUGCGUGUACCUCAGUUCUCUUGGUGGAGCAAAUGAAUCUCAGGCUUGUGAAAGUUUCUUAUUGAAUGUCUGUUUGUUUAAAUUCUGUUUAUGUUUUGAACAUUGUGUUGAACUGAGUAUGAGAGUCACAGCGACAGAAACAACAGUUGUUUUUUUUAUAUUCAACUGCCAUGAAAAUCUUCAUAUAUUAAUAUUAAACUGCAAGAAGUCUGUAUUGUAAUUGUACUGUGAGACACCUGAUUGCGUGUUUUAUUUAUAUAUUUUGUUUUAUUAAAUACUUGACAUAUAGGUUUGAAACAUUUAACAUUGCUAGAAUUAUUCCAUUAUUUUGUUUACUCAUUUACAAUUGUAUUCCAGCAUAUUUUAGAUGUAUUAUUUAUUUAAUAUUCUUUGAAAUUGCAUUUUUUUUUUAUUUUAGAAUGUACCCAAAGCCAACUCAGGCAGUGAAAUUGAAUGUAUUUUUUAAUACAUUAAUUUUAAUUUUUUUUAAGUUAUUCAAGCUGAAUUUUCAUUUGUGUUAUUUAGUUGUUUAGCAUUUUCAGUUAAGUAUUCGAUCAUUUCAAUCUCAAAAUUUUCAGGAUAAUCUUUUAUUUUUGCCAGGGCUAUCUAAAGUUUUUUUAAACUUCCCUCAGAUUAUUUAUAUUGUUUCAUUCGGUUUAUUUAAGCUACGAUGUAGGCACCAUCAACUUGAGCGUAAACCUGCAACAAAAAACGUGUACAGUAACCCAUGGUGAAGUUACAGGGUGACACCUACUGGUCACUCUCCUCAGACAGUUGGUUCCUCUGUGGCUCUUAUACUCGGUCUUAUUUGACAAUACAAAUGUCUGGCUUUGUAGAAACACAGUGCUGUGGUCGUGAAUGUACAGUUUCACUCUGAAGCGACAUCAAAUGUUGGAGGUUGAUUGGUCAACAAGAAAUGAUCUCUGUUCUCUCCGUCAGCUUCACUGACUGUCUGUGUCCUGUGGACAUGAAUUCUUCAUGUGACUUGUUGAGACUGUAGAGGCACUGAAAACAUUGCAUGUCGUACUUUAUUUGUGCAUUUCAUACAUGUUGUUGACUGGUCCGAGUGGUGUAGUCGUAGUAACACACACACACCUACACUGUCAAUGUUGCACUUUGUAUUUAGCUCUAAAUGACAACAAUAAACAAGUACGGUUAGCUUUGGUGUGGAGAGACAAUAUAAACAAAGAUUUAAUUAGAAAAGCACUCAGACAGUGCAAACCUCUGCCAGGCAGCUUCAGUCCACCGCCAUCACAGUCUUCCAGUAUUAAAGUAUCCUUCAAAAAGAAAUUCCUGGAUCUGAACGCCACUUUGGCACAUAUUCCGAAAACGGUCUGAAAAAAUCUCCAGAUGUUAAAAAGCAACUAAUGCCUGAAUCCAGCUCCCUAUCAAACAGUUAUAAGUUUAUCUUGAGUCCAGAGACGCUCUUUGAUAUCAUUGUAAACAACGCUCAGACCUGCCAUUAGUUGCUCUUUAAAUCCAGACGGUGAUCCAGAUCACCCCUGAAAACUUCAUCAUUUGCUCGCAUAUUUCCAUCACUUUUAUUAUUUUGAACACAGACCGCCGUCGAAAACGUAACCUGUUCAGCAGAAGGAAAUAUGUUGACAGCAUAACUGCUCUGUAGUUGAGAAAUAGAGAAGUGUCCAGUGCAAAUAAACGGCUAACAUGUUAAGAUUCUCAGCUUUCAGGCUACUUCCUCUGCAUGAACGUCUGGAUCAUGUCGAUGGGCAGCGGGAAGAUG